AUGGCCUUAAGGGAGGAUUUGGAGAAUUCGGGCCCUAGUGCUCCCCUGCUUGCCCCCACCGACGCCUCUCCUGACUUCCGCGACGACGACGAGAUUCCGGACUCCGAGCUAAGCUAUUCGGGGGGAUGGUUUAUAUGGAUUUUAACAUUUUCCGCUGGUAUAAGUGGCCUUCUUUUCGGCUAUGAUACCGGCGUUAUAUCCUCUACCCUCGUGACUAUUGGCUCCGAUCUAUCCAAUCGACCGUUGACUACGUUCGAUGAGAGUCUCAUAACAUCAUGCACCAGUCUAUUUGCAUUAAUUGCGAGUCCCUUCACGGGUAUCCUGGCUGACAGAUAUGGUCGCCGGAGCGUCAUACUCGUCGCAGAUAUCCUGUUUGCGCUAGGGGCGUUAACCCAGGCGUUCACCAGUAGAGUAUGGUGUAUGAUUGUUGGCCGCAGUAUUGUCGGCCUUGCCGUUGGUAGUGCGAGUGCUGUCACUCCCUUAUAUAUUGCAGAGGUUGCACCAUCUCAUGCAAGAGGACGGCUUGUCACAAUCAUGUGUCUCUUGAUAACCGGCGGUCAAGUGGUCGCCUACAUUGUGGGCUGGUUAUUUUCCCAAGCCAAUGGAGGCUGGCGCUGGAUCGUCGGCCUCGGGGCAGCGCCGGCUAUCCUCCAGUUCGCCUUUCUUUUGGUCUUGCCAGAAACUCCACGAUGGCUCAUUCAAGCGGGACAUGCUUCUCAGGCCGUGGCAGUCUUGAAUAAGAUUUACCAGGAAUGUCCUGAAUGUGAUCGCGUCGUUCUUCGAGUCUUGCGCGAUAUUACAGGGGAAUCGAUCCAAGAAACAGCAGAAAUGGACCGAGGUAAAGCCUCCAGCACGAACUCACGGUGGCUUCAUGAUGCUUUGCAGCGAGCUCAGGAUCUGUUUUACAACGGAGGAAACAGAAGAGCUCUGAUAAUCGCGGUGAUGCUUCAGGGUCUUCAACAACUAUGUGGGUUCAACAGCUUGAUGUACUUCUCGGGGAUCAUCUUUCAGACUCUCUCAUUCUCAUCCCCGACGUUGACAUCACUGACUGUCGCGGUGACCAACUUCGUGUUCACUCUUCUUGCAUUCGCAUUUAUCGAUAGGAUUGGCCGCCGUCGCAUAUUACUCUAUUCGAUACCGGUGAUGGCCCUAGCACUGAUCAUGUGCGCUGUUUCCUUCUCCUCGCUGGACAUUCCAUGGGGCUCUCAGCCUUCAGGGCACCAAGAUGAUGCUGAUCACCACACCAUUUAUCCCUUGCUGAUACUGCUCUGCCUCACUGUGUAUACAGCAGCGUAUGCAUUUGGACUUGGUAAUGUCCCGUGGCAGCAAGCGGAGCUGUUCCCGUUAAAUGUGCGGUCGAUGGGAUCUGGUCUGGCAACUGCUACAAACUGGGGUUCUAAUUUCAUUGUCGGGCUCACUUUCCUGCCGAUGAUGGAAGUGAUGUCUCCAACAUGGACCUUUGUUGUUUACGCUGGAGUAUGUGCUGUGGGAUGGGUAGCUGUUCACAAGAUUUAUCCAGAGAUGAGUGGACUUGGCCUCGAAGAAGUCAAGGAUUUAUUAGUCAAUGGUUGGGGGGUGGAAGAGAGCCUGAGAAGAAUUGAUAUGUACGGG